AUGGCGCCUCUGCCCAUCAAGUUUCAGGAGCUGGUCCAGCUCGCCAACGUCGGAGUGGACACGCAAUCAAUCGGCUUCAACUCCUGCACACUCGAGUCCGAUUCUUAUGUGUGUAUCCGCGAGAAGAAGAGCGAAGCAGCCCAGCCAGAAGUCGUCAUCGUCGAGCUCAAAAAUGGCAACAACGUCACGCGACGGCCUAUCAAGGCCGACAGUGCCAUUAUGCACUGGAAUAAGCAGAUUAUCGCCUUGAAAGCCCAAUCACGGACGUUGCAGAUUUUCGACCUGGAGCAGAAGAAAAAACUAAAGUCGUGCACCAUGAACGAGGAUGUCCAGUUCUGGAAAUGGAUCAGCGAGUCUACUCUGGGCCUCGUCACCACUAGCAGUGUGUACCAUUGGGACGUCUACGAUGCCGGACAGGAUGCGCCUGCCAAGGUUUUUGAGCGAAAUGCCAAUUUGAAUGUUCGUCGCAUCAAUCAUUACCCCUCCCGCGUGAGCGGUGCAUCUGAGCUAACAUAUAUCGCGCAACAGGGCUGCCAAAUCAUCAACUACCGUGCUAAUGAGGACGGUAAGUGGAUGGUGGUUGUCGGCAUUUCGUCGCAGCAAGGCCGUGUCGUCGGUGCCAUGCAACUGUACUCCAAAGACCGUGGCAUCAGCCAGGCUAUCGAAGGACAUGCCGCGUCAUUCGGAUCUCUGCGACUGGAAGGUGCUCCACAAGACACCAAACUCUUUAGUUUUGCAGUUCGAACCGCCACUGGUGCCAAAUUGCAUGUUGUUGAGGUCGACCAUGCCGAGUCCAACCCGGUCUUCGCAAAGAAAGCUGUCGAGAUCUUCUUCCCUCCCGAGGCCACCAACGACUUCCCCGUUGCCCUCCAAAUUUCUCAAAAAUAUGGUGUCAUCUUCAUGGUCACCAAAUAUGGAUUCAUUCACCUGUACGACCUCGAGACCGGUACCUUGAUCUUCAUGAAUCGAAUUUCUAGCGAUACCAUUUUCACCAGCUGUGCUGAUGAUGGCUCUUCUGGUCUUGUGAGCAUCAACCGCAAAGGUCAAGUCCUCUUUGUCACCAUUGAUGAAACCACCGUCAUCCCCUAUCUUCUCGAGAAUCCUGCGAACACAGAGAUCGCCAUUAAGUUGGCCUCACGAGCUGGUCUGCCUGGUGCGGACAACCUUUAUGCAAAACAGUUCGACCAGCUGUUCAACUCUGGAAACUAUCUCGAGGCCGCCAAGAUUGCUGCCAACUCCCCGCGUGGCUUCCUCCGUACUGCCGAGACGAUUGAGAAGUUCAAGAGGCUCCCAGCCCAGCCUGGUCAGAUGGCCUUCACUCUCCAAUACUUUGGCAUGCUUCUCGACAAGGGUGUCCUGAACAAACAUGAAACACUCGAACUUGCCCAGCCAGUGCUUCAGCAGGGCCGAAAGCACUUGCUGGAGAAGUGGCUGAAGGAGGGCAAGCUGGAUUGCUCUGAACAGCUUGGUGACAUGGUGCGACCCUAUGAUGUUGACGCGGCAUUGUCCAUCUACCUCAAGGCCAAUGUGCCUCACAAGGUUGUCCCGGGUUUCGCUGAAACUGGUCAGUUCGACAAGAUUCUACCUUAUGCUGCUCAGACCGGCUAUCAGCCUGAUUACAUCCAGCUCCUGCAGCACAUCAUCCGCAGCAACCCCGAGAAGGGUGCCGAGUUUGCCACUGCUUUGGCGAACAGUGAGCAAGGCCCUCUAGUUGACUUUGAGCGCGUGUGUGACAUCUUCCAGGGUCAGGGCAUGAUCCAGCAGGCGACAGCAUUCCUGCUCGAUGCCCUCAAGGACAACAAGCCUGAGCAUGCUCGUCUUCAAACCAGACUCUUGGAAAUGAACUUGAUGAAUGCUCCCCAGGUUGCUGAGGCCAUUCUGGGUAACGACAUGUUCACUCACUUUGACAAGGCUCGCAUUGCCAACCUUUGUGAGCAGGCCGGGCUUCCCCAAAAGGCCCUUGAGUUGUACGAGGAUCCCGAGGCUAUCAAGCGUGUUAUUGUCAAUAUUCCUGGCACCCCCAAUUUCAACCCUGAGUGGCUGAGCAAUUUCUUUGGCAAGUUGUCAGUCGAGCAAUCUCUUGACUGCCUUGAUGCCAUGAUGAAGCACAAUAUUCGCCAAAACCUGCAGUCUGUUGUGAAUAUCGCAACCAAAUAUUCUGAACUCCUCGGCCCUGUUCGUCUCAUUGACUUGUUUGAGAAAUACAAGACUGCUGAAGGUCUUUUCUACUAUCUUGGUAGCAUUGUCAACCUCUCUGAAGACCCCGAUGUUCACUUCAAGUAUAUCGAAGCUGCAACCAGGUCCGGCCAAAUGAAUGAAGUUGAGCGUAUCUGCCGUGACAGCGACCACUACAACCCCGAAAAGGUCAAGAAUUUCUUGAAAGAGGCCAAACUGUCGGAACACCUUCCUCUGAUCAUUGUUUGCGAUCGCUUCAACUUUGUUCAUGAUCUCAUUCUGUACCUGUACCAGAACCAGCAGUUCCAAUCCAUUGAGACGUACGUUCAACGCGUCAACCCCAGCAGAACGCCCGCUGUCGUUGGUGGCCUGCUCGAUGUCGACUGUGAUGAAAAGAUCAUUAAGCAACUGCUCGGAACAGUCAAUGCUCAGCAGAUCAAUAUUGACGAGUUGGUGUCCGAAGUCGAAUCUCGCAACCGCCUGAAGCUCCUGUUACCUUUCCUGGAGGCAACGCUCCAGGCCGGUAACCAGCAGCAGGCCGUCUACAACGCAUUAGCGAAGAUCUACAUCGACUCCAACAACAACCCCGAGAAGUUCCUCAAGGAGAACGAUCAGUAUGACACUCUCACAGUCGGUAAAUACUGUGAGAAGAGAGACCCCAACUUGGCGUACAUUGCCUACUCCAAGGGUCAGAAUGAUUUGGAGUUGGUUAACAUAACCAACGAGAACUCCAUGUACCGUGCCCAGGCACGCUACCUCCUAGAGCGAUCCGACAACGAGCUCUGGAACUUUGUUCUCAGCGAGAACAACAUCCAUCGCCGGUCUGUUGUCGAUCAGGUCACGGCCACUGCUGUUCCCGAGUCAACUGAUCCUGCCAAGGUGUCAGUCGCUGUGGCCUCCUUCCUUGAGAAUGAUCUUCCCCUGGAGUUGAUUGAGCUUCUAGAGAAGAUUGUGCUUGAGCCAUCUCCUUUCAGUGACAACCAGAACUUGCAGAACCUUCUCCUCUUCACUGCCGCAAAGGCUGACAAGGGUCGCGUAAUGGACUACAUUCACAAACUCGACGGUUACAAUGCUGACGAGAUUGCUACAUCGUGCAUCGACGUCGGUCUGUUUGAGGAAGCUUUUGAGAUCUACAAGAAGGCCGACAACAAGACGGCUGCCGUUGACGUCCUCGUUGACCAUGUUGUGAGCAUCGACAGAUCUCAGGCAUACGCCGAGGAGGUUGAUAUUCCUGAGGUCUGGAGCAAGGUUGCCAAGGCGCAGCUCGAUGGACUCCGCGUUCCCGAUGCCAUUGACUCCUAUAUCAAGGCUGAGGAUCCCAGGAAUCACGCUGAGGUUAUCGAAAUCGCUACUCACGCUGGCAAGAACGAGGAACUCGUCAAGUAUCUCCGCAUGGCCCGCAAGACCCUUCGAGAACCCCCCAUCGACACCGCCCUUGCUUUCUGCUACGCGCGCCUUGAUCAGCUCCCCGAGCUUGAGGACUUUCUCCGAGCCACCAAUGUUGCCAAUAUUGAGGAAUCUGGUGAUAAAGCUUAUGAGGAAGGUCUGUUUGAGGCCUCCAAGAUCUUCUACAGUAGCAUUUCCAACUGGGCCAAGCUUUCCACCACGCUUGUUCAUCUCGGAGACUACCAAGCAGCUGUUGACUGUGCCCGCAAGGCGAACAAUAUCAAGGUCUGGAAGCAGGUGCACGAGGCCUGUGUUCAGAAGAAGGAAUUCCGUCUGGCCCAGAUUUGCGGUCUCAACCUGAUUGUAGAUGCUGAGCAAUUGCAGACUCUUUUCAAGGAGUAUGAGCGCAACGGCUACUUUGAUGAGCUCAUCAGCCUCCUUGAGCAAGGUCUUGGUCUUGAGCGAGCUCAUAUGGGCAUGUUCACCGAAUUAGGCAUCGCUCUCUCCAAGUACCAUCCCGAGCGCCUAAUGGAGCACAUCAAGAUUUUCUGGUCAAGAAUGAAUAUGCCCAAGAUGAUUCGCGCCUGCGAGGAAGCCCACUUGUGGCCCGAGCUAGUUUUCUGCUACUAUCAUUAUGAUGAGUUCGACAAUGCCGCCCUGGCGGUCAUUGAGCGACCCGAGAACUCGUGGGACCACCAGCAAUUCAAGGAGAUCGUCGUCAAGGUUGCCAAUCUGGAAAUUUACUACCGUGCCAUAAAGUUCUACGUCGAACAACACCCUUCACUGCUGACGGAUCUGUUGGCUGCAUUGACUGCUCGCAUCGACGUCAACCGUGUCGUCAAGAUGUUCCAAAAGAACGACAGCUUGCCGCUGAUCAAACCAUUCUUGCUCAAUGUCCAGUCACAAAACAAGCGCAUUGUCAAUGAAGCUGUCAACGACUUGCUCAUUGAAGAAGAGGACUACAAGACUCUGAGAGACUCGGUGCAGAACUACGACAACUACGAUGCCGUUGAAUUGGCCAGUCGUCUUGAGAAGCACGACCUUAUCUUUUUCCGCCAGAUUGCGGCCAAUAUUUACCGCAAGAACAAGCGAUGGGAGAAGUCUAUCGCCCUGUCGAAGCAGGAUAAACUUUUCAAAGACGCCAUUGAGACUGCAGCAAUCUCAAGCAAAGAAGAUAUCGUCAACGAUCUUUUGCGAUACUUUGUCGAUAUUGGCCACCGCGAAUGCUACACCGGCAUGCUCUACGCUUGCAAUGAUCUCAUUCGACCCGACCUGGUGUUGGAGCUCUCAUGGCGCAACGGCCUCAAUGACUUCACCAUGCCGUACAUGAUUAACAUGUUAGCCCAGCAGACCAAGGAGAUUGCACUGCUGAAGGCCGACAAUGAAGCUCGCAAGGCCAAGGAGAAGGAGACUGAGAAGACUGAAGAAAGUACCCCCAUUCUCGGCGGUAACCGCCUCAUGAUUACCGCGGGAGCUGGUGGCAUGAGCAGUGCAUCGCCUACGCCAUUCCAGCAGCAAAACGGCUUUGCGCCGCAACCCACCGGUUACGGAUACUAG